GCCCAGCACCCAUACACCUGACUACACCUAAGCCAGCUGUUCCAUUAUCCCCCAGAGGAGAUCCAUACUGAGCCUUGGCAAAAACAAAAAUUCUCCUCUGCUGUGAAAGUCUUAACUACUUGUGUUCUUUUCCUCCUAUGGAAGAUGGGGAAUUCGUAUGCUGGACAACUGAAGACAACACGUUUUGAGGAAGUUCUGCACAAUUCCAUCGAGGCUUCUCUGAGAUCCAACAACUUGGUCCCUAGACCCAUAUUUUCCCAGCUCUACUUAGAAGCUGAACAGCAGUUAUCAUCCCUGGAAGGUGGUGUGGACAACGAUGAUGACGAUGAAGACGAUGAUGUUUCUGGGUCAAGCAGUCCAGCCCAUUCAUAUCUGAAUAAACCCCCACCUGAAGGCUGCUGCAUGACUGAUGGUUUUUGUCAGGCCGGUAAAGACUUGAGAUUGGCGUCCAUUGCCUCCGAGCAGUUUGAAGUGCCUCCUGGAUUCUUAUUGGUUGGUGCCAAGUCGCCUAGUUUACCAGAUCAUAUUCUGGUGUGUGCUGUGGACAAGAGAUUUCUACCAGAUGACAACGGCCGCAAUGCACUGCUAGGAUUUUCAGGCAAUUGUGUUGGAUGUGGAGAGAAAGGCUUCCGUUACUUUACCGAGUUCUCCAACCACAUUAACCUUAAGCUGACCACACAGCCCAAGAAGCAGAAACACUUGAAGUAUUAUCUCAUCAGGAACGCGCAGGGAUGCUUGACCAAAGGCUCUCUUAUUUCCUGGAAGGGGACAGAGGUAAGGAGCCGCCAUUCUUCCUCCAGCAUGUGUUCGAGCACUGGAAUCGCUCUGCUGGACAAUUCUGUGCUGAGUAAGAUGAGUGACCCCUCUAUAAAUGUGACCAACGGCAGUCCUCUGGCAGGAGAAAAUGGAUUUCCCCAAGUGCAGAAUGGAACAUGUUAUCAGAAUAUGAACGGCACAUGUCAGCAGCCGACAAGGGUGAAUCCAUCUACACAGACCAGACCAGCAGUAUUAGGAAAUGUCACCAACUCUGGACCUCCCAAGAAACGGCACAAAGGGUGGUCACCAGAGUCACCCUCCUCCACAGAUACCAGCUAUCCACAAAACAACUAUCACAAUACAAGUAGCUUAGGAAAAGUCGAUACCAUAGGUCAGCUGAGUGUGCCACAGUCCACCACUGGCACCCCUCUGUCUUCUCCCCUGGUGACCACCGGAGAGCCUGUAUCCAUCCCAGACAACCUUCUGAAGACAUGCAUGAUUAAACCAGUCAUUUUUAAAGGUCAUGGUAACUUCCCUUACCUCUGUGGUAAUGUGAACGAGGUUAUCGUCAGCCCCCUCUUGUACAACUGCUACAAGAACUCCCAGUCCAUGCCAAAAACCUAUGAACAAUAUGGACCCACCACCAUCCAGCCAAUCUCGGAGGAAAUGCAGCUGCUGCUUACAGUCUAUUACCUCGUCCAGCUCGCUCCAGACCAGGUGCCUCUCAUAGAAGAUCUAGAACACAUUUUAAUGCGUUCGUGGAGGGAAACACACCUCACUGAGAUUCGUCAGUACCAGCAGAACAUGUCCCAGGCAUUCCCCCACUUCCCGAGCCUUGUGACUGCCGUGACUGCCUCUCAGUUGCCUUGGUUAGCGGGCCUGGCUGCCAGUUCCUGUAAUGAAAGCGUAAAAAUCAUUGAAUGCAGCUACUCCUUAGCGGAAGGUCUCACCGAAAUGUUCAAACUUCUGGUGGAGGGGAAACUGGAAAAGACCAACUAUGUGGUGAUAAUCUGCACAUCUAGGCCCAGCAUAGACUCCUGCAUCGUGAUCACAGGAAAAUACCAGGCUCGUACAUUAAUUGAAAGUAUGUACUCCCCAGCCGACUACCUGAAGGAAAUAAACUAUGAACUGACAAGUGGGAAGGUGGAGUCCCUACGAGCGUUCUUCAGCAGCUUCUGUCCCGAUGGAGACAUUGAUGUCCUGUUGGAUAAAUACCAUCAAGAAAACCACAGCCUCAUUUCUUCAACACCCAAAAAAACAAGUGGUGAGAGCAGACCAGCCGCAUGCUCCAGUUAUAAUACAGAGUGGCACCAGCUGCGGCCCUCUCAGUUGGCGGUGGCGCAGAAGCUGCUGUCUCACGUGUGCUCUAUCGCAGACUCCAGCACCCAGAACCUUGACCUGGGAUCUUUUGAGAAAGUAGAUUUUCUUAUUUGUGUUCCCCCGUCGGAGGUCACUUACCAGCAAACCCUGUCUCUUGUGUGGAGUUCAGGAGUUCUGCUGGAACUGGGCUUAGAGAAGGAUCAGCUGACUAAGCAGUGCAUGGAGCAAUACGUCAUGAAACUUGAUGCUGACGCACCCAGGAAAUUCAAGUCAUUUCUUCAAAAGGCCAUGCAGAAUCCACACACACUGUUCGUCCUGGUUCAUGACCACGCUCACUGGGAUCUUACCAGCAGCUCCCUUUACAAUCCCUAUCCUCACAGGGAGGCGUCCUUUGGAUUAGUUGAUCGAUUGCUGAACUGCAGGGAAUUAAGGGAUUCAGCCAAUAUUUUACUUCUGCACGUGACAUCUUGCCCCUACGCUCUGCAGACGCAGAACACCCGUAUCAGCCCCUACAAUGAGAUCCACUGGCCUUCAUCAUACAGCCAUGGAAUGGAGCUGUACCAUGAAAACAGGAAGUACUUUGGCCUCUCGCAGUACAUUGACUCCACGCUGUCCGGGCACAGUCUUCCACUGCUGCGUCAUGACAGCUCCUUUGAAGCCAUUGUGUUGGGAUUAGGAAAAAGGUUUCCUAAGCUUCACAGCACCGUCAUAAGGACAUUUCUUCUCAUCCAGCACUACUCCUCAGCCAUGAUGGCCAUCUGUGGACUCUCUCAGAUGAAGAGCUAUACCUCAGUGGAAACUCUAGAGAUUGUUCAGAACCUUCUGAACUCGCCCAAGCAGUGUGCCAGCGGGCAUGGACUUAUGGUUCUCCUGAGAAUCCCUUGCAUUCAAUUAGCCACAUUGGCCCAUGAACGGCUCUGCCAUGUUAGAGAGCGGCUAGGUUUACAAAAUCGUUUUGAAGUAAUACUGGGGAUGGCCAACUCAGCAAUUACUAUUGGGAAGCACUUUGUGGACCAACUUAAGGUCUGGCAAAAGAAUGAGGAGGAAGACUGGCAGCCCCGAACAUACCUGGCACUAGAAGGACUUCCAUGUAUUUUGAUCUGCAGCGGGAUGGAGCCCCUUGGUGAAUCCUUGCCAAGGUCCUUACGAUACUGUGACCUCCGUCUAGUACAGUUUUAUAAUUGGGAAAGAACAGCGAUAGAACAGGAGCUGGGAUUUGCCUCUUGUUUUCUCAAUUCAGAUGCAUCUCAAGACAAAGGACUGGGCAGGGAUGUCCCGGACAGUGACCCAGAAAAACUAAGUAGCACUGACAAUGAGGACGAGGAGAUGGGGAUAGAUGGGUCUAAUUCGGAGAAACUGAGCCCUAGCAAAAGACAAAGAUCUCCAUCAGAUGAUUCUGCCUCAUCAUCUCUGUGUUCAAAAGCCUCUGGUUCAGCUGUCUGCAAUGAAUCGUCAUAUUCAGCAAUGGCGGACGACAACACCAAACCAACGCAACAGUCAAGAGUCUCCAACAGUGAGGACUGCACCACAGAAAAACUGAACGUGCUACCUGAUAAUAAUGUGAGGAAACACUCUGUAGUCACCAGUGAACAACCAGACAGCAACAGCUUCAGUCACACUGUGAAGAACACUCCAGGCUCAGCUUCAACACCCUCUUCGACAUCAUCUUCUUGCUUUCAGAGUGGACCCGGCCUACAGAUUUCACAAUGCGCCAUGGCCAAGGCCUACAAACAGCUGCCGGUGGUGUUCCUUCCAAAACUGGUGUAUGACAUCAUCACCUCCACCGACAGCAGCGGACUCUCCAAGGCAUCUUCUUUUAUACCACGUUGUGACGUCUCGUGGGCCAGUUCUUUCCGCCCACUGUUAAGUAAGAUGAUGACCUGCACAGAGCAGUCGUUGUAUUACCGCCAGUGGACGGUACCCAAACCGAGCCAUAUGGACUACUACAAUGUCAAUGAGGGUAGAAUGGAUACCUUCCAUCCCAGGAGACUCCUGCUUAGUGGACCACCACAGGUGGGGAAGACAGGCGCAUAUCUCCAGUUCCUGAGUGUCUUGUCCAGGAUGCUCAUCAGGUUGACCGAGGUGGAUGUGUACGAUGAGGAGGAGAUUAAUGGCAACCUGAAAUCCAAGCCUGACCAGCCUUUCCAUCAAACACAGGACAUGUGGCCAAAUGUGGAUUCAGUGAUGAGGAUGGACUUCGAUUAUAUUCUGCAUGACCCUAAAUAUGAAGAUGCAAGUGUGAUUUGUCCUAAGGUCCAGAAUAUCAACCAAGAAGAUAAACCCACUAAUAGGAGACAUGAAGACAUUUAUGUACGACGCCCAACAACACGGAUGAGACUAUCUAAGUAUGCUUCAUACAAUACCUACCACCACUGCGAGCAGUGCCAUCAGUACAUGGGAUACAACCCCAGGUUUCAGAUGUACGAGUCUACAUUACAUGCCUUUGCAUUCUCCUAUUCCAUGUUGGGGGAGGAAAUCCAGCUUCACUUCAUCAUACCUAAAUCUAAGGAGCAUCACUUUGUCUUCAGCCAGCCUGGGGGCCAGCUGGAAAGCAUGAGGCUGCCGCUUAUCUCAGGCAAGAGCGCUGACAGUGUAAAAAGUCCAAUCUUCACCCCGACGACAGGACGCCAUGAACACGGUCUCUUCAACCUGUACCAUGCCAUGGACGGCAGCAGCCAUCUGCAUAUUCUAGUCGUCAAAGAGUAUGAGAUGGCAAUCUAUAAAAAGUACUGGCCAAACCACAUAAUGUUGGUCCUGCCCAGUAUAUUCAAUAGUGCCGGAGUGGGGGCGGCUCAUUUCCUAAUUAAAGAGCUCUCAUAUCAUAACCUGGAGCUGGAGCGGAACAGACAAGCCGAGCUGGGUGUCCCCCACCAAGACGUGUGGCCCUUCAUAGCCAUAGCUGAUGACUCCUGCGUGAUGUGGAACUCUGUAGAUGUUAAUGUCACUGGAGAUCAUCCAAGGGACUUCUCCUGGCAUGAAAGAAAUGUGUCUUUAAAACAUAUACUACAGCACAUGGAGGCCACGCAGAACAUAGCCCAGUACGCCAUGCUUGGGAUUAGGAAAUGGACAAGCAAGACUAAAAGCAUAGACAUGAUGGAUCCCUUCUCCCGCUGUCACCUGCAUGACUUCAUCCUCCUAAACGUGGACCUGACACGGGACGUACAGUACAACCAGAACAGGUUCACGUGUGAUGAUGUGGACUUUAAUCUACGAGUCAACAGCUCUGGGCUCCUCAUGUGUCGCUUCAAUCGCUUCAGUGUCAUGAAGAAGCAGAUUGCGGUCGGAGGACACCGCUCUCUGCAUAUAAAACCAAAGGUCCUUGAUUCGUCGCUGUCUGUUUCCUCGGCUCACUACAUCUGCGCUCCCGAUAGUAAGCACACCAUCCUGGCCGCCCCCGCUCAGCUACUGCUGGAGAAAUUCCUCCAGUUUCACAGUCAGCGAUUCUUUCCUCUGUCAGUGAAGAACCGCAGCCACCCGGUGCUUGUGGUGGAUUGUUACCUGAACCUCGGACCCCAGAUUUCAGUCUGUUACGUCAGCUCACGGCCCCACUCGGUUAACAUUAGCUGUCCCGACAUGGCGUUCAGCGGGCUCCUGCUGCACCUCUGUGACUCUUUUGUUGUUGCCAGUUUCUUGAAGAAGUUUCAGUUCCUUAAAGAUGCCACCCUGUGUGUUGUCUGCCAAGACCGCAACGCCCUCCGUCAGACCGUAGUGAGACUGGAGCUGGAGGACGAGUGGCAGUUCCGUCUGCGAGAUGAGUUCCAAACAGCCAACGCCAAGGAAGACAAACCCUUAUUCAUCUUGACUGGUCGCCAUGUUUAAAAAUACGGUGGUUCGAAAUCCCCCCAGGGGCAUACGGCUGCACCCUAUAGGACAGGACUAUAGGACUAUUUUAUGUUUUGCACUGGACAGAACUGUUACACUGUCGGCGCUGACAAACAGCAAUGCCUGGCGUGAUAACACGGACAAACUCAUCACUUACAUUCCUAGUUUUAUUUAUAUGUAAUAUGUAUUUGUAUAUAUUUUAGGCACUGAAUAGGGAGAAAUGUAACUUUAUUAUUUUUUGUGCUUAUUUUUUUAUUAAAAGGUGAAUGAUUAAUAUUGUCAGCAUUUAUGGAGGUUUUGUGAUGUAAAAUGGCACCAGGAGGAGCAGUAUUAAGUCUCAUGCACACGACUGUUCGUUUUGCAGUCCGCAAACCUCGGAUCUGUGGACCCAUUGUCUUCAAUGGGUCCACAGUCCGCAAUUUGUGGACAAGUAUAGGACAUGUUCUAUAGGACUGCAUGGAUGCAGACAGUACACGGAUGGCUGCAAAAUGGACACAGUUGUGUGCAUGAGGCCAUAAAGACAAGUCCAUUGAGUUACUUACCCAUAGUAUAGAUAGUUUCUAUAAUGGUACUACCAUUUUUUCAUUUUCAUCAUUAGCUAUACCAACCAGGAACAGCUCCAGUUCUAUGUGGACUGACAGAGUCACACUGGGUCCUUGUCUGCACAACACUGAUCUCCAUGGGCCUUCCAAGCCUACUGUAGACCCAGACAUCUGCACAGGUUUGCCUGUAUCUAAAAUGAAGCAAUUUGAUUAAAAAUGUCCUAUUUUAUGUAUGCAGCUCCUAUGCAGACCCAUGUUUCUUCAUGGUAACAAAAAAACCAAAAAACAUGUAGAUUGAUUUUGCCCAUUCUCUUCCAUCUACCCACUACUUGCUAUGAACCUGCCACAUGCAUGUUAGCUUAUGGUUCCAUUACUUGGGUCAAAAAUGAUCAGCUGAUCAGCGCUCGUUACAUGGCCCAGUGCAAUCUUAAUCGAAGGCAAAGGAUUGUUGCUACAAUUCAAUGCGUAUAUUGUUGGCAGCAUAUCCCUGUUUACAGAGGUCGAUGUGCCACCGGCAACUUAUGAUAUAAAAGAUGGGAUCACCUGACGAAAUGAGUGUUUGUCUAUUUGUUGGGUGAUCGGUGGCACCGUUACAUGGGUCAGUGUAACGGUGCCACUGAUCACCUAACAAAUGGACAAACACUCAUUUCAUCAGGUGAUCCCAGAUCAUUCAAGAUCAUUGACCCCAGUAAGAGGAUAUGACUGGAGCAUCAGACUACAAAGGGAUUAGUUGUUGUCUGUUACCAGGGAGACGCCUAGGUCUGCAUAGGAAAUGAAGAAUCAAAGUGAUUAGUAAUAUAGCAGAUAGCUUUGAAUCAAAAUUUCUUAAAGUUUGCAUUUUAGAUUAUUUGGGACAAUAAAGAAAAUGAAAUGAAAAGUGAAAGUAGCCUCAUGCAAAAAUGUUAAUAUUUUAGAAUAAUUUGAAGUAACACAGUUAUCCCACACUUAUCUCUCACCUCCAUUAGCGCCCUGUUCAUAGGCUCAUACAAACAGCCAUACUAUGGAUCUGUAUGGUUGAUCUGUAACUCAGCGCCCAUAGACUGCUAUAGGUCCAUACUAGACCUUUGUUGGACCUUCUGAUGGAUUCCAUGAGAUUCUGCAAGAAACAAAUUGUGAACGGCUCUUGUACCACAUUGCAGAGGGGGCGACAAACAAAGUGCCUAAUACCGAUGCCUACAAAUGGAGCCUCAUAUAUCUCAAUAGGGUUUUUUCCGUAUUUUGCAGCAGUUUCAAGACAGUUUUAUAAUGAUGGCGUGCGGUCAUAAUAACAUAAGUGACAUAAGCACAUUUUUACCGUAUGAUGGGAAAUCCCAUGGAUUUCUCUGAUUCUUGCAUUAAGUUGUGUAAGUUAUAUGAAGUGUGAGUCUCUGGCUGGCGCACAUCGACUCCCUGCCAGUAUACCCAAUGACUGGGCGAUGUUACAUAACAUGGGUGAGUCAGCGCCUACUUCUAGAGAACACGGUCCUUCAUAUUAAUGAAUCUUGACGUUUUGUUCACACUUAGUUAGGGAAUGACUUGGUGUCUGUUAAGUUUGCAUGUCAAUCUUAAAAUGGCUUUUAUUUUUGUAAAAAGUGUAUGUGCUAUGUGCAGUAUUUCCCGGUUUGGCCAUGUAAUAAUUUAAUAUGUACAAGUUUUUCAAAUAAAAUAGAUAUUGCGAACACGUGUCCAUGUUAGUUAUUCACCCCACUUUGGGGUACAUUUACACAACCGCAGUCCGCAAAUCACAGAUACACAAAAUACGGAUGUGGUCCGUGUGGUGUCGGCGUUUUGUUCCGGCCCCUUUGACCUCAAUGGAUCUGUGAUCCGCAUUUUGUGGCAAAGUAUAGAACAUGUUUUAUCUGUUCUACAGAUAGCACACGGACAGCAUCCGCAUCUAUGCCAGUUACACAAAAGACAGAACGUGUCCUAUACUGUGCUGCAAAAUAUGGACCGUGGACCCAUUGACUU